AGCUGCACUGCGCAUGCCCCCGGAAGUGGCGACCAUUACAGGUAAUGUCAACAUUCUGUGAAAACAUUCCGUCAUUUUACCGGACUUGUCAGUGUGCGGUUGUGAGAUAAACAGCGGUAGGCUAUUAGGAUUUAAACUCCAGGAUGUACGACUGUUUAGCCCAGGAAAAUCUAUGACCUAACCAAUCAUGAGUUGGAGGGAUCCUCGCCGUCCAAGAAAAGGACCGAUCGUAGAUUUUGAUCGUCCUUUUGAUCCCGAAGUAGCAAAGGCGUCUGUAGCUCAGAAAACUCCGCGGCAGGAGGAACCACCAAAAGAGGAAGAUUUGGGAAAUAAAAAACAGUUCUACCCAGUGAGCAAACACUGGCAAAAAGAAAAAGCCGAUAUGUUUAAAAUUGAUGUGAAAACUUAUUUUAAGUAUGGUCCUCGAAAAUCUUUUUAUGACAAAUCACCUCCAAAGCAAACAAUUCCUAUCCGAGCAGACGGUAAUUGUUUCUUUCGUGCAAUCAGCGCAAUCAUCACAGGCAGUGAAAGCGACCAUUUGCGUGUGCGUGAGUUAAUUACGAAACAUAUUAGCGAUCACCCUGAUAUGUACCGUACGUUUCUCAUGAGUCGAGGUGGAAUGAGCGAAUACCUCACCAACAUGAGACGACCUAAGGAAUGGGCGACCGACGUCGAGAUUCUAGCUACGGCAACAAUGCUCAAGUCCGUUGUGGAAGUAUUUUUUCCGUGUAGGAUUAAAGGAACCACGGAAUACCGAUGGCAGACAUUCAAACCCCUAGAUAACCUUGACAUUAGUCAUCCCGCCAUUUACAUCUGUAACAAGAAUGAACACUUUGAACCGGUGUUGGACAUCGACCCAACUAUUGGAACAUCUCGGGAAAGACCGAGGAAUUUCCGGGGGGCAGCACACGGUUUAGAUUACUGAUAUUUUUAUUUAAUUAUGAAUUGCUUUUAGCAUUUGCGUUUCACAUUCACAGACUGGACACUGGUUACUGGUAUAAAGCGUCUUGUUGACUGUGGUCUUAAAGAUCGUAACUAGUGACUGCGAUUAUUUUAGAUUCACAGUUGCAUUAUCUGAUAAAGUCUAUAAAUUCCUAUAUUGCCUGAAAUGCCACCUCUAUAUUACAAAACCUGCCUAUUAAGUUCAUAAUUUUGCUCCAAGUAUAACACAGUGGUAUAUGAACCUUUAUAUAAAGGUCACCUGCUUAUAAAGGCCACUUUAAUUUAGUCCCUUGUUCUUAGAGAUCAUUUUGUUCUGACACUCUUCCAAAUUUUAUGAAAGGAAAUGAACGAAAAUAAUUUUCAAUGAUUUAAUUUGCGAUUUUGUUGGAUCCUAUGAUAGCCUGUUGUUUAAAACUGACAGGAAUAUACUGAGUCUAUUUUACAAUAAUAUGUGAAACAAGUACUAGUUAUACCAGCUGAUUAUAUAAAUCACUUUAGUUGGCCUCGAUAGAAGUGCGUGAGUUCGAGGUUUUUUUUUUUGAGAAAACCUGCAUGGUCGACCAGGUGACACCUAUACAUUUCACAUUCGAUCAAGGAAUCAAACCCUGGUCGCCUAGGUCGAAGUCAAAUGUGUUACCACCAAACUUAUUAUAGGAGGUCUUAAAGAAGGUUAGAUCAAAAUCAGCCCACAAAAACUAGUACAGUAUACGUAUUUAUCCCAAAUAAGCUCCCUCGAGCUCCCCUAGUGUAAAAGUUACUACCGUAUAUAUCCUCAAAUAAGCCCCCUCCCCUGGUGUAAAAAUUUAGUGCUAUAUGUAAUUAUCCUUAAGUAAGGUCCAUACCCAAGUGUAAAAGUUAAGUACCGUAUUUAUUGUCAAAUAAGCCCCUAGUGUAAAAGUUUAGUACCAUAUUUAUCAUCAAAUAAGCCCCCUCCCCCAUUAGUGCUAAAUUUUAAUAUUUUUUUGUGGAGAGCUUAUUUGCAUACUACUUUUGGCUAAUUAUUUUUGAAUUGAUGUUUCUACAAAAAUAUUAUCAUAUUUGUGUGACAGGGACUUGUUUGUGGAAUAGGGGCUUAUUUGUGUGGCAUUUGGCUUAUAUACAGAUAAUUUGGAUAAAUAGUACAUACUGUGCUUUCAAAAUGAUAAUGGUGAUAAAAAAAAUAUAUGUAUUCUUAUCAUGGGACAUGAAAAUUCCUUGUAAACAGCCAAAUAACAGGUCAUAUUUGUCAGCUUUUACCUCCCUUUCAUCAAAAAAAUAUCAGAGAAUCAUGUUUGUAUUAACAGUUUCCUGUACUUGAUAUACUGUCUGACUUUUAUUCGUCGGUUAUAUCGUAACUGAAAUACUGGUAUUUGUUGUCAGAUUUUUGUUGUGCUUGCUUUGUUAGGACUCUUAAAUGCUGUUGGAUUUUAAUUGGAAGGUUUGAUAUAUGAAAUGAUGUGGUUUAUAAUUUUGGCUGUUUCUAUUUCUGUAUAUUUUUUUUGAAGUUUCCUUUUUUUUUUCUUUUUUUUUUCUUUUUUUUGUCAUUCUUGUAUAUAUAUUGUAUAUGAAAUUUCAAGUGAUAAUUUGUUACAUUGAUGCAGGUGAUUUUGAAUGCGAUGACAUUGUACCAAACAAUGUUGACAAUUUUGUAGGAAAAAAAGAAAGCUGAUUUGUGUGUUUGCAGAAUAUUUACACGGUAUGUUAAUCAUUCUGAGGUUUACUAAUCAUUUUUAUAUUGUUUGGGUUUUUUUUUUCUGCUGUGGUUGUCCCUUAUUGGUACUAGCGUAAAGCUUGACUGCUGGUGUACAUUCCAUCAUUCAUACCUGUAUGACUCCACUAUAAUUUCUCCGUCCAUUUCAAAACAUUUUUCCAGGCAUACCUCUGGUAUUAUUUCACCUCAAAUAUAUCGCUUGUUUGGCAAAUUCAUUUUGUGAUGUUGGAGUGUCAGUUCUAAAAGUAGAUCAGUGUGACCUAUAUAAUGAACUCUGACCUAUGACCUCUUUAGUAUUGUGAAAUUAAUUUUUUUUAGAAAUAAUUAUUUUAAUAAAACACACCUUGAUUAAAGGUUUCCUUUUCUAGUCUUAGUAACAAUAAUUUUUGCCAAUAAUUUGCCAUGAAGCUUUAAUUCAAAUUUUAAAAUGCAACAAUUUCAUUCUAGCUUUAAUCAUUUUUUUUUUAAUUAUUUCAUAACAAUUGUAAAUUAACACCAUAAUUUUUGAAAACAAAAAAUCAUAUCAAAAAUACAAGCUUUAAAAUAAGGGUUUUAAGGAACUAGUUGUGAAGCAGCUGAUUAUUGUUGAUACGUAAUGGCUAUAUUUAUACAAUGUAUGCUGAUUGUUAAAAUAGUGAACCCAUAGGAAUGUGAUUUUUUUAUCAUCAAUGUUAACAUUGUUGUCUAUAUAUACAAUACAAUACAAUGCAGUACAAUACAAUACAAUAUAAUACAAUACUCUUUAUUUAAUGUCGUAUAUAUGAUACAAAUAACAUUAGCUCAUCAUGAGAGCUAUUAUCGCGACAACUCAAUCUUGUAUAAAUUUACUAGUAAGACUAAUGUACUCAGAAAAUACUUUUAACUCUGAAAAUUGAAUUUUUGUUUCAGCAUUGCAAAUCAUUAAGAUAUCUUUAAAAUGUGUCGAUUUGCAAAAAAAUAAAUAAAUAGACAAAUAAAUAGAGUUAAAUAAACAAAAUAAUUCGAAAAACAUCUAUUAAUUCUAUCUUCCUUUUCUAAUGUUCUGUGAAUUUUUCAAUUGUGAAAGUACACGUCUAGUAUUAUUUUUAAUUGCAAUAAUGAGCAUUUUGUACAUACAUCUUCACGGUAUGUUUUCUUUAUUUCAAGCUGCCCUUCAAUGAUAAUAGCUGUUUGAUAGGACGUAACACAUGUAAAUAACCAGUCGUUCUAAGGGAGAUAACUCACAUUAUCUUUUCUAUACCCUGUUAUAGACUUUACUAAAACAUUUACAGAAUAAUUAACACAAGUAAAAUAUGAUCACCAUAACAACACAAACCUGUCUGCACACUAGUACUAUUCCAAAUUAUUCUGACUUUGUAUCGACAUUUUUAUAUCAAUUUGGUGUUGAUACACGACUCUAAAGUGAUUUUUAAAAAAAAGUUGGAUAAAACGUCAGAAUAAUUUGAAUUAUCGGCGCACAUGUAGACAUCAUUAUAAUACUGUUGUAUUUUGAGGUUAUUUCUUGCCUAUUUUGAUCAAAUUUAUAAAUUAUCCUUGACCUUGCGGCCUGCUUUAGUCCACACCAUAUGAGGUUGCCUAAUGGAGGAAUAUAUAAAUACCCCUGCCAAUGGAAAACCAGUUUGCUUCAAGAAGAUUCUAUUUCUUUUUCAUUUAUUGCCUGUGAGGUGCCUUGCUAUUAUAUUAAGUAAACUGGUUUGCUUUCCAUUAUUAUUGUAAGAGGGAUUUGUAACUAGUUACAUAUUUUGUUUACUCUUGAUAUAAGAGGCCACAUAGUGUGAAAGAAUAUCUUUUUUUGUUAUUUUGUUUAUGAAAUUUGAUUGUAACAUGAUUUUAUUGAAAAUUUAACAUGAUCAAAAAUAUUUUUAUUGUUUCUAUGAAGUUACUGAAGUUUACAAUUUUGAAAAAUUAUAUAAAGUUAAUAAAUUCACUAUGUCAUAUCAUGCCACCUACAAAUAAAUAUCCUUUAAUUCAAUUUGCAAACUAAUGGAUUAUAUAAUUAUACUUUGUAGCAAGAAACUAUUAAUUUACCCGACAGUAUUUAAAAAUUUGUAGAUGUUGUUUUAAUGAUAAAGAUCCGUCCAUUUAAUGUUUUAUUGUUGAUAAUGUUUUAUUGUAUUUUUCAUCCGUCCAUAUUAUGUUGACAUAGACUGAUUAUUCAUAUUCCCUAUUUCACUCUCGGAUACACCGCACCCCACAACCUAACAAUGUUCUGGAUUUCCAUAAAAUAUCUACUAUCAGUAUUUAUAAUCGAGAUCCUUUUCGUCUGUUUUAUUUCCACCGAAGAAGGAGUGAUUAUUUUCAUAUAUAUUCCCAAGGUGUCAAGUGAAAUAUUAUUACAUAAAUAUAUUGAUGAGAAAUUAUUGAGCACACUGUAAUUUAGAAAUUUUCUUUGUGAAAAAUUUGAAAAUUAUUUUUCAUUUACAAACAAAAGAAUAUUAAACCU